AUGGGCCAGGAGGAACAGCCCAAGUGUCCUGUCGAUCACACUACCCGUGAAGCGUGGCUCCAGAAAACAUCUGACUCAGUAAGCAAGACUAACACCACAGAAGACCAACCGAAAUGUCCAGUAGAUCACAGUGCCCGUUCUGUUUGGGCGAAUAAGGUUUCUGUACUGGUUCCAGAUGCUAUAGAGAUUGAUGCGAGCAAACCUGGAGCUUCUAACGAAGGCUGCUCGUCGGAUACAUUGAGUUCUGUCGCUGCAGAUUCCGCCAUAGCUUCAAAUGUAGAUUUACCCACCGAAAGAGCCACCAGUUCGAUUCCCAGGACGGCUGCCGGUUCCAACUGGGUAUAUCCGUCACAAAAGCAGUUCUACGAUGCAAUGAAAAGAAAGAAGUGGAAUCCUGAAGCUAAGGAUAUGGAGACUAUAGUACCUAUCCAUAAUGCUGUGAACGAAAGAGCUUGGAUCCACAUCUUGAACUGGGAGAGAAACAACUACGAUGAAGCUGUAAAGAUGUGCGGAGGAAUCACUUUGACAAGUUUCAAGGGAGAUCUGAAGAAAUUGACACCCAGAGCCUGGAUCAACUCUACUUUCUUAGGCUAUCAAAAGCCUUUUGAUAGACACGACUGGAAAAUCGAUCGUUGCGGCAAGGAAAUUGAGUAUGUGAUAGACUUUUACGGAGGAGCAGGUAAAGGAGCAUCCUUUUAUUUGGACGUGAGACCCAAGUUGAAUACAUGGGAGGGUGUUAAGUUGCGUUUGACCAGAGCCGUGGGAUGGUCGUGA